GAAUCUAAGAAGAGAUCACAUUUUAGCACAAAAAACACCAACAACAACACAACACACAAUGACAGUAACCUUGCUAGCUCAUUUGUUGCUUCUCACCUACUUCUAAUAAAAACUACGGCAACCACCACCACCAUCACCACCACCACCACCACCACAAUCUCUCUCUCUCUCUCUCUCUCUUAUUUUUUGACCAAAUGGAGUUGGUAUUGGAUCAUUUGGAUGUUGCAGACAAACAACAACAGCAACAUGUUGAAGAGCAACAGGAGGAGGAAGAACAAGAAGAGCAGCAUUUUCAUGUAUUGGCAGUGGAUGAUAGUGUUGUUGAAAGGAAGCUUUUGGAGAGACUUCUUAGAGUGUCUUCUUAUCAAGUGACUUGUGUGGAUUCAGUAGAUAAAGCUCUUGAGUACCUGGGUCUUCUUGACAAAGAUUCUACAGCUUCUCCCUCUUCUUCCUCCAAGUCAAUACAACAAGAGGGAAGUAGAGUAAACUUGAUCAUGACAGACUUUUGUAUGCCUGGGAUGAAUGGCUAUGAUUUAUUGAAACGAGUCAAGGGAUCUUGUUUGAAAGAUAUUCCAGUAGUGGUGAUGUCAUCAGAUAACAUACCAUCCAUAAUCACCAUGUGCUUGGAAGGAGGAGCAGAGGAAUUCUUGUUGAAACCAGUUGAGUUAUCUGAUUUGGAGAAGCUUCAGCCUCACCUGUUAAAGUCCCUGGACAAUGCUUGUAAAAGCACCGACACUUUCGGCCAAAAUGAGAAUGACAACAGCAGCAAUAAGAGCAGUAAUCAAAGUAACUUUAGUAAAAGGAAAGCGGUAGUUUCUCCACAGAUAACAGACCGGAGACCUAAAGUUCAAGGGCUUGCUUUUGUAUGAAACUUCUUCUAGCUUUCUGCUUCUAAUACACGCAUGGAUCGUGUCUGCUUGUGGCUGAUAAUUUCAGAAACUGAAUAUGCAAAAACUUCCAACAAUUUAUGCAGAAAAUAAGUACAAAUUGCGCAAUGAAAGAGCAACUGGUGCAGCCUUGCAAUUCAGGAAAGGAAAAGGUUCUUUUAUUCAGUAACCACAGUCGUCACUAACCAUCACUACGUUCUAAGAAAUUGAAAAUCUGAACUCUUUCCAUGGUUCAUGUGAAUAGGGGACUUUCCGAUUCCAAACAGUUUCUCACAUUCAUCACUGUGCAAAUGAUGGAAUUCUGCUAAGCAAUAAGCAACGAGUAACAAAAAAAAAA